AUGGCUGACUCAGUCUUCGCUGAGUCCAAGGCCUUAUGCGUGUCGUGUUUCAGCAUUGCUGCUGGAGGUGUAAUGGAUGUUAAUACUGCUUUACAAGAGGUGCUGAAGACUGCCCUCAUCCACGAUGGCCUAGCACGUGGAAUUCGAGAAGCUGCCAAAGCCUUAGACAAGUGCCAAGCCCAUCUUUGUGUGCUUGCAUACAACUGUGAUGAGCGUGUGUAUGUCAAGUUGAUGGAGGCCCUUUGUGCUGAACACCAAAUCAACCUAAUUAAGAUUGAUGACAACAAGAAACUAGGGGAACGGGUCGGCCUUUGUAAAAUUGACGGAGAGGGAAAGCCCCAUAAAGUGGUUGUUUGCAGUUGUAUAGUAGUUAAGGACUAUGGCAGGGAGUCUCAGGCCAAGGAUGUCAUCGAAGAGUACUUCAAAAGCAAGAAAUGA